AUGGAGAGCGGAUACCUAGACCAGGCAGAGCAUGCAGGCGAAGGCUGUGAGCUUGAUGACGCUGUUUUUGCUAAGCUUCCAACAGGCUGUAGUGUACUCAAAGUGGCACCAUCAGGCCAUAGUCUUUGGGUGGCCACGGUUCAGAUUGUGGUUCAGCUGGAAGAUGGAACCAUGAAAGAGUACUUCAAGAAGGGUGCGCGUGGUGCAAUUGGAAUGGACAUGAUGAGAGGCACAUUCGAAGCUGAACAGGCUCUAUACACCUUUUCUCCAGGCCAGGUCCCAAAGCCCAUCGGUUGGGGAACAUACACCAUCGAUCCAAACACGCACUUCUAUCUCAGCCAGUUCGUGGAAAUGAGAGAAGACCCCCCCAGCCCUGGGGAUUGGGCGGCUUCUGUGUGGGAUCUCCAUGCUAACAGCAUGGGGAAAAGCUCAACUAGAAAAUUCGGCUUUCAUGUCACUACUCAUCUUGCCAAUGUUCCAGUCAACAACUCGUGGAACUCUUCUUGGGAAUCAUUCUGGAGACAGCAGAUGAAGGGUCUGUUCGACCAGGACGACCGCGUUCAUGGCAUGGACGAUGAGUUGACAGCGCUCAAGAUGAUAUUUCUCCACGAAGUGAUCUCGAGAUACCUUGCUCCACUUGAAAGAGAAGGACGAUCUGUCAUGCCCUGCCUCAUUCACUCUGAUCUAUGGCCUGGGAAUAUCAAGCCGAAGAAAUCCUCAAAUGGAUUAUGUGUGUUUGACGCCUGUGCAUUUUGGGGACACAACGAGGCCGAUUUGGGCAUCUGCCGAAACCCAAGAUACAAGCUUGGUCAACCGUGUAUUCGCGAAUACCUCAAGCGAAUACCUGCAGCUGAGCCCACGGCUGAUUUUGACGGUAGAAACGCUGUGUACGCGAUGAAGUACCACGCGCUGCUGUCAAUCAUGUAUUGCUUCAAAGACAAAAGUUUCAGACAGACGCUGAAGGACGAGCUCAAGGAGAUCAUCGGCAAGGCAGCACUAUCGAUCCCACAAGGAGAAGGAGAUGCGUCUGCGUAA